CGGGCCGGGCCGGGCCGGGCCGGGCGCGCCGGCGGAGGCAGGCGCUGGGGGCUCUCCUGCGCCGAGCAGCUGCGGGAGCUUUGCAACUGCGAGGAGGCUCUUGAAGAGCCUGUGAACCCUCCUCUCCCCGAGCCAGCGCCCCUCCUCUGCAGCGCUGACGGUGCACGGAUAUAAUAGUGAUGGGUGGCCGGGGCUCGCAUUUGAACUUGUAGGCGAGCUCCUUGUGCCCGCAACUCAGUUCAGGCUCAGCAGCUCGGCGUCAGGUGCUCGCCGGUGGGGCGGGAGGGGAGACUGAGCUCUGGGAGCAGGGGAGACCCCGGAACCAGCAUCUCCUCCCAGCACUAACACGGGGAUUUACUCUUUCAUGCGGCCACUGGGAUCUCUGGACUAGCCUAGCACCACGUUGUGAUUUUUUGCAAUCUCUGCAAUACACUACCUUUUAAGGUCAAGAUGUUGUUAAAUAUAAAAAGUAUCUUAUGGAUGUGCUCUACAUUAGUUCUAACAUAUAUGCUACCUAAAGUUAAAGCAGAAAAAAAAGCCCUGGUAAAAGGAUCCCUCUCUGGAACUUCAGUCCUGCCAUGCUUCUUUUCCACCACACCCACUAUAGCCUCCAGCUAUGCAGCUGAAUAUCUUCGAAUCAAAUGGUCAAAGGUUGAACUGGAUAAAAAUGGAAAAGAUGCAAAAGAAACCACAGUCCUGGUGGCCCAAAAUGGGAACAUCAAAAUAGGCCAAAACUACAAAGACAGAGUGUCUGUUCCAACCCACUCAGAGGAGACUGGCGAUGCUUCGCUGACUUUCUCUAAGCUGCGUGCAAGUGAUGCAGGGGUGUACCGCUGUGAUGUUAUGUAUGGUGUUGAAGACACACAAGGCAUUGUAUCAUUGGCUGUUGAUGGUGUCGUGUUUCAUUAUCGCGCUGCAACCAGCAGGUAUACUCUGAAUUUUACACAAGCUCAGCAGACUUGUCUGGACAACGGUGCUGUCAUAGCAAGCCCCGAACAACUGAAAGCAGCCUACGAAGAUGGAUUUGAACAAUGUGAUGCUGGUUGGUUGUCUGACCAGACUGUUAGAUAUCCUAUUAGGCAUCCAAGAAUUGGCUGCUUUGGGGAUAAAAUGGGAAAGAAAGGAGUCAGAACAUACGGACGCCGUUUUCCUAAUGAAACCUAUGAUGUAUAUUGCUAUGUGGAACACAUGAAAGAUGAAGUGGUUCAUGUUUCAGUUCCUGAGAAGCUAACCUUUGAAGAAGCUAAAGAGUUAUGUCGGAAAAGAGAUGGCGUUCUUGCAUCUGUUGGGAACCUGUAUGUUGCCUGGAGGAAUGGCUUCGACCAGUGCGACUAUGGCUGGCUGGCUGACGGAAGUGUUCGUUAUCCUGCAUCUGUGGCUAGGCCCCAGUGUGGAGGAGGUUUACUUGGGGUGAGAACCCUGUAUCGCUAUGAGAACCAAACAGGCUUUCCUUACCCAGAUAGCAAGUUUGAUGCCUACUGCUAUGAACGUAAAAAAAUCAUACCAGAGUCUACAACUGUUAAGCUGGGUACAUCUCUGAAAACUGCGUCAGACAGUGUGAAACCAUCAUCUGCUAAAGUUACUCUUAAACCUCCUGUUUUUGAGGCUUCAGUUACUGAAGUGGCUGUCACCAAAACAAAGGUCCCAGAUUUGGAGAAAACAACCCUAGAGACCGAAGAAGAUGAAGAAAUAGCUACUGGCCUGGCUGAGGAAAAAAGGGAAAUGGAGGUGCUUAUGGAGAACAUUAAGUUAACCACCGUUCUACCUCAGACUGUCACAGAUGGCGAAAUAAGCACUUACGAUACACUGGGAAGGACUCAAUAUGAUGUUUCACCUAGCUUAACAGAGAGCACAUCUGCAGCUUUGGAACUGGAGCACACUUACUCUGAAGCAGAAUUGCCCGAGGAACAAGGUAGGUCUGAAAGCAUUGAGGACGCUUUCUUGACCUCUGUCAUUUUUCAGGAUAGCACAACUGUAGCUAAAAGUUCUGCUGGUUCAUGGGAAGAUAUUGAAACAGUAGAUUCAAAAAAGCAUGAUGCUGAUGAUCAGACUGAACAAAUAGAAGUGGGUCCUAUGAUGACACCUACAGACAGCUUGGUACCAACUUCACGGAGAGGGUUUCCCAGGACAGGGACUUCAGUUUCACUAACAAAAGAGAAAAACUAUCUUGGUACCCAGUCAACAAAAGAACCCACAAAAAAAUCAAUGGAAGCAAAAUCUGACAAGAAACUUACAACUGUUGUAAUCCCCAAAGUUUUAUUCACUGAUCAGUAUGAUCUUACUACAGAGGGGGAGGGCAGUGAAAGCAUGUACACUGUUAUGCCUGAUAGAAUUUCUGGCAUGGUUACUAGUAGCAUCCCAGAAUCAGAUGUUCCUGCUGUAUCAGAAACGUUCUCAGAUGAGCAUGUGGUAACCACCAGACAAUUUUCUACAGCAGAUGAGUCAACUCACUUGAUUAAAUUUAGUUCGUCUGCAACUCUGUUUGAUGAUAAUGAAGCAUCAGCUGAAGGAAGCAGAAAGGACUUGAAAGAUGUGCAGCCUACCAUGCCAUCUGGAAUACCUACAUCAUUUUCUCUAUCACCUGUUAAACAGACAGGAUCUGAGGCCAUCAUUCUCUUGGGAAGUGCUGCUUCCCCACAAAGCUUUGGAGAGGGUGUUACAUCCAUCAUCCACUCAUCUCAACAAACAGAAGGAUCAGCCAUUUUAGAGGAACAGGAAAAAAUAAAAGAACUAGAAGCGCGAACAAUAGAUGUUAUGAUCCCUUAUGCCACAACAGUCAUUCCUGCUUCUGUUACAGCAGAAUCUGAGGGACAUUUUGCAAGUGAGUUCACACCCCCUCCUCCAGUUUCCAGCAUAUGGCUACUGACAGAAACGGAUCAGGAGCAUAUAACAAAAGAGUCAUCUCAUAUUAAGAGAAUAAAUGAGUCAGGUACAGAAGAUGGUGUAUCUGGAAUGGAGCCUACAUCCGCUCCAGGGCAAAUUACAGAACGUACAAAGCAUCCAGGAGCAACAGGUUCAGAAAUAACAGACGAAAUUAAGAUAAGCAUUGAGCCAACGGAAACAAAAGGUGAUGAAGAAGCUGUAUCAGCUGAUUUUGAUCAGAGUAAAGAUAUUACAAGUGUCUUCCCCACAAGCAGCUCUUCAGAUUUGGAACUGAUCACAGCAUCCAACAUAUCAGUGGAUGAAGGUAGUGCAGCAAUAAAGCCUUUUAGGUCCUCAAGUGAUACUGAAUUAGUAACUGCUAUGCCCACAAUCAUGGAGGUCACUGAACAUGAAGGGUAUGAAACAUCAGGGUAUAUUUUGAGAAUGUCCAUUCCUACCCCAGAAGUUGAACAAAGAGGGGCUACUGAGAAAUCAGUAGCAACACCUGCUGAUGAAGACGUCUCUACUGAGAUGGAGGUUUCAAAAUACACAGUGACAGAGGAAGACCAGACAAGCAUUGCAGAAGUAACUGAGGAGGAAUCAUUUGCAGCUCUUCAAGACAUAGAAGGAACACCAUCAGUUGGCUUUGUAGGGACAAAGGAAUCUAUAGUAUUUACAGAUGUAACAAAGAUAGGUACUACAGUUGCCCAGAAAGAACAUGAUGCUUCUGUAGUUCCAGUUACUGUAGAAAGUGGGAUGACUAGAGAUAUGCAAAUUAUUGAUCAGACCACUUUUGAUGGUGCCAUUCAUACAGAAGCAACAGAAACAACUGCAAAAGAUAGCGAAGUAUUUCUAGAGGAACUCUCCACGAAAGAUCAAGAUAUGGAACCAGAUACUUCCACAGAUUCUACUUUACCCGUGACAUCUGUUCAAAUACAUGAACAAAAGACGACAUCAGAAUCUGAAUCACCUCAACCAACUGUUCAAGAUAAACAGGAUGAGACAGGUUCAGCCUAUGAUGUGACAUAUCCAGCAACAGAAGUAUCAGUGCCUGCAGUAAAGCUGACAGAUUAUGGAAGAGUUCUAGGACCUGUUGAAACUAGCACUGGGAGCUCGCACCUCACAGUGACUUCCAAAGCUGUAACUGCUGCUGAUCAAGAAGAAAAGAUCACUGAAGCAAUGUCUGUAAUGGCAGGUACCCAAGCAGAAGCAGAUGAAAGCAGAGGAACCCCUGCCAGAGAAGAAGACAGCAGCGUAGUGAGUUGGGAAUCUGUGUUGCCCCCUCAUACAGUGCCAACAGGUCAUUCUACUGCAGAAAGCAUUACUCUUCUGACGUUGGGAGCUUCUCCAAGCCAAACUCUGGAAGGUUCAGGAGUAUCAGAAGAACCUGAAGAAAUCAUAUCAGUUACAAUUUCAGCAAAUGCAACAGAAAAGACAAUCUUCAGUGAUGUAACUGCAUUUUCCGUUAGUGCUGUAGACAAAAUUCAGCCUACUUCAUCAUCCAAACCUUUUGUUACCCCAAAGUCACCACGUAUCAUUCUUGAGGAUGACGAGGCAGUAACAAGUAGUGACAUCAUAAUAAUUGAUGAAUCUAUUUCUCCCAGUAAAGCCACUGCUGAUGAUGAUUUGACAGGAAGGAUGUCAGAACCAGAAAUUGAUAAUGAAUAUUUCACAUCAUCAACUGCUACUGCAGUUGCACGACCUACUGUGCCACCCAAAGUGAAGGAGGCCACAGAGGCUUUACAGCCUCAAGAGGUCUCUCCUUCUACUUCAUCCCCUGAUAGUGGAACUGACAUAAGAUUGUAUGUUAUUCAAAUCACAGGCAAUGAUACAGAUCAUCCGGUGAACGAAUUUUUGGAUCUGCUCAAUGGCCACAUGCUUCCCCAUGCAAUAGAUGAACCCCACAUUGAUGCAGAAUCACCUCAGACUGAACCCUGUACUUCAGACCCUGUGCAGGAUUCAUCUGAAUAUAUUGGAUCCUAUAUACUGGAUCCUUUCUUUCCAAACUUUAUAGAAUUUGAAGAGGAGGAAGACUGUGAAAAUACUACCGAUGUUACAACUCCUCCAGCUUUGCAGUUCAUCAAUGGAAAACAACAGGUGACAAAUGCACCUAAAAGCACAAAAGCUGAGGAAGCCAGAAGCGACCAAAUUGAAAGUGUUGCACAUUCCAAAAAUGUAACCUUUUCACAAAUCAAUGAAACAAACACAUUUAUAAUGUCUGAAACUGAAGCUUCUGGUACAAAGCAACCAAGCAAAGCUGGAGAAAUAAUAGGGACGUUUGAAGUUACACAACCAACAGCAGAUGUUGCAAUGUUAGAACCUGUAUAUAGUGGUGAGUCAGAAGCUGCCACAACAGAUAAAUCAGUAGAGAUUACUUCUUCAUAUGAGCAGUCUCCACAAAAAACUAAAGUGACUGUAACAUGGCACGGAACAGAGGACAGCUCUACUAAAGACACAAAAAACUUGCUUUUGGUUACUAGUGAAUCUUCUGGAGAUGGCUCCACUGAAUCUGAUUUGUCUAGUUCUGUAUUCUCAGAAAUUGUAACAAUACCAAGAAAGGAAGAUGAUGAAAAAAAUUCAGGUAUAACUUCUGCUCCUAAUGCAGUUACAGUGGAAAGUUCUGCUGUAACUGCUGCUCUAGAUGCAGUUUUUGAUACUGCUACUGUAGGCAUAGGUGUGAAAAACCUUAUUCCAGAAGAGGGUACCUUUGCUCCGGAAGAUCAUUAUAAAUCAACUGUUAAACUUGAUACACAGUUCCCAGUUGAAGGCCUUCUGGAAAUGAGAAAUCAUACAGAAAGGCCCGAGAUGAGUGCUUCUUCAUUUAUAGUUACUGAAGGCUCUGGAGAUGUAGAAGAAGAUAUCACUGUAACUUCAGCAAUGACAAUGGAAACAGCAGUAACUGAAAAACUUUCUGUGCAAGAUAUUUCUUUGGGCUCUGGCACACUACUGCCAACAAAAAAUUCUGUAACAGUUUCAGGAAUCAGCUCUUCUUUGGCUAGAGGAACAAGUAGUCUUUAUUCUGCUUUUGAUCAAAGUUCUGGAGUAACUGUUCCCACCAAAUCUAUGCCUGAGUUUAUUACAGAAAAAGUAGUUGCAAGCUCUAUAGUAACUGAAGAUGAAACUGAAGAUGAAAAAGAAAUACAGACCACUGUUUAUUCAGCCAAGGAAAAUUCAACUUCUGCUGCAGAGGGAAAAUCAGAUUUGAAUGAACUUGAAAGCACUACUAAUGAAGUCAGAACUGCAAGUCAGGAAGCCACCACUCUCAGAGAAACAAUACCAGUGACAAAUACUGUACCUUCUGAAAUUAAAAAUGUUACCACCAUUCCUCUCUUGAAAAAGAAGAGGCUUUUCAUAAAUGAAGGAUCAGCAGAAGAACCAUCAGACAUAUUUUCAGGGGGUCCCACAAGAAAAGUGGUAAGUACUGACUCCCCAUUUAUUGAUUCAGGUUCUGGAGAUAUAGAUAUUAUCAUUGAGUCUGCUACUUUGACUUCAGUUCCAUCAAGGUCUGUGACUGAAACACAAACAGAAAAGCAGGAAGGAAAAGUUUUCAGCAUAGAUACUUCACUGAAGAACACAACUGUAGAAUAUGAAGAACAUACAAGAAAUGAUAAAUUAGCGAUAUCAGUUUUAAGUACUGGGUCAGAUGACUUGAUGAAGGAAGCUGGAGUAGUAAGUCAGAUGUCCCAGCAUAUUUUUAGUACAGAAAAUCCAGGAGAACAAAAACAGGAAACAGAAGCAACUUAUACAGUUCCUUCUCAAGUAAAAUCUAGUCCUGGUUCUAGAAAAGAGGUGACAUCUCAUGUUACACCAGGAGUUAAAACUAAAUAUUUACAAACAGGUGAGGUCACAUCAUCUCCAGAAUCUGUGGUUAAAAACACCCCUCCUGACAUCAUGGUGACACAUGGUAUUGGCAGUAUGAAAGCAGUAUCUGAAACUACAGAAAGCAAAAAUGAAAAAGAUGGUUAUUCAACUGCAUCUUUAGGCAAAAUUCUCCUAAUUGAGCUUGGCUCUGGAGAAGAAUUUAAAGGUGACAGCAGUACCACAAAACUAAUAUCUAAUGGACCUACUGAAAAAAUACUUGUAACUCAUUUCUCAUUUACUGAUCAGGGAUCAGGAGAAGCAGAGACUGUCACUGAAUCAUUUACAAAAACAACCGUUUCACCAGCUAGGAGACCAGAUAUACGAGAGAAUUAUGACAAAGAAGUUACUAGCAUGCCGUCUGUAGAUUAUGCCUUCACUACCGAACCUGAUGAGUUAGUCGCAAGUACUGAACAUGAAGUAACCACAAUGAGAAUUGUAACUGACAUAAAAAUGGAAGAGAAAACAGUGGAUGAAGUGACAAUGACAGCUUUUACUACACAACUCCCUUUAGAGGAAGAUACACAUUCUGGGGAGAAUAGGCCAGUCUCACCAAAAGCUACAGAGUCUUCUGAAGAAACAACAAAAGACCCAUUCUUUAAAAGUACACAGUCUGCACCUGGACAUCUAGAAUUUUUAAAUAUUCCCACAGAAGGGCCAUAUUCAGGAGAAAAGAAAUUAGAAACUGAAUCUGUUAAAAACAUAUCUUUGCCAUUUAAUGAUGAUAGGGUAACUGAGUCUGUAAAGUUUGAAAGCAAAUACAUAAGCUCUUCAGCUACAGAUACAGAAGGUGAAAAUGAUUUGGGACAAAAAGUUUUCCCUACUGAAGAUAUUCCCAGAUCACUCCUGACACCUAAAGAAGAUGAGCUAACAAAUGAUGAGAUCACUGGUGAUCUGUUAUUUUCAGGAGAAGGAUCAGGAGAUGACCUUACUGUUAUUCCUUCUAUAGUGCCAUUGGCUGUCAAAGAUAUCACAAGUACUCUAAGUCCCCAGACUUUUCUUCCUGCGAUUGUGGGAUCCAAACUUUCAACUGACAAGGCACAAGACUUUGAAAGAGGAAGCACUGAAUCAAAUGUUGAAGUUAAUGAGGAAAUUACAAGUGCUGUAAAAGAGCUGAUUUCAGAAACAACAGACUCAAUGGUCACCAGUUCCCCAGCUUUAACAGAAGAGAGUUCCAAGAGCUUCAGCUCUAAAGAGGUAAAAGAAAUCAAACAGUAUUUUGUUGUGACUGAAGAACCUCACACUAGAGAAACUAACUUCAGGAGAGGAGAAAAUGAAACAUAUAGGACAACAACUACUUCUAGAGCUGUUUCUCAAGAUGAAACUACACAUUUGCUGAUUAGAGAUGGUGUGACUCCUGCUUCUAUAUUAAUCAGUGGAACUCCUAGUCUUGAAACAGAAGAAUCACUCAUAACAUCAACAACAAAAUUGGCAAGCAGAGUAUUACCUGAAAGCUCUGGAGAAGGAUCUGGCUGGGCUGACGUUUCGGAUUCAUUUUCUCCUGAUACAUUUACCCAUUUGUCAACUCCCCCUAUGGUGAGAGUAGAACUAAAUCCUUCAUCUAGCAUUCCUGGAGAAGUUUAUUCUGAAGUUAUGGCAACAGAGGCAUCAACAGGUGGAUCACAGACUGUGAUCACAGCAUUAUCGCCCCUCAUUACAGAAGAAAAAGAGAUUGUGACAAAUCCAACUGCUGCUCAGUCAAGGACAACUACAUCAGAAGAACUAACAAGUGAUAAUGGGAUAUAUGAGAAAAAUAUUCCAGUAUUCAGUGAUAAAAGAAAUGUUGUACUGAAUGUUUCAGUUUAUGGUGAUAUUACACUAAUUGAAGAACGACUUGAAAUCACAUCAGAAGAAACAACAAUUAUAGACAUGGAUCACUCCACAUCAAUGCCUGAAGAUAUUAUAAGCGUGCAGACAGUGGCAAAUCCUGCCAUACAAUCAACAUAUAGCAGUGAUGAUAGCAUGAAAGUUGAAAUGGACAAAUAUGAUUCAACACCUAAUUUUUCCCUAAACAAAGAGAAGUCACUUGGAUCUGGUGAUGGUCUUUCCUUGACUACUUCCAGUCAGCCACUAAACAGUGAAUCAGUAACAGCUGAGCACAGACUAAAAUCAAAUGACAAGGAUUUGGGUUCAGGGGAUGCCAUGGAGUUUACAACAGAAACUUUCGUCACUACCGAACUCUCUGAACUGGGCGUUUUCCUUCCAACAGUACCAUCGCUGGCAAGCCCUCAUGUGCCUCAUGAAUCUAAAGAAACUGAAUUUGUGACUAAACAUGUCACACUGGCAAGCACAACAGAAGACACCUAUGAGCUGAAUACUUCAGCAAACAACCAAGUAAUAGCAGAUCGAAGUGAAAUCAUCUCCAUCUCUGGUACUUCUGGAAUGGGCCAAGAAGAACUGGAUGAUAAGAAGCCUGUCAUUCCUUCACUUAGACCUGAUUUAACUACUGAGACAGAACAGGCUUUGACAACCAACGUGCUUGAUGUAAGUAUUUUCACCACACAGCAUACAUCCCCACACAUAACGGUGUCAUCCAGCAAGAACGAAGAAAAACAUCCCACGGUUUAUAUAGACACAAAAAAACCAUCAACAGAAUCUGAAGAAACAGGUUCAGUGAGAUUUUAUUCUGAACCUCAAACUCCUAAAUCCUCGGUAACUGUUCAGUUAGUUAAUGGAGUAUCUGAAUAUCCCGAAGUCAUCAUUCCAAGUACUUUGUCAUCAAAGGAUUCAGAUCAGUCCAAUCAUUCAUCAGAGCAAACCUUCAAAGAGGUUAAUUCUGAUAUUGCAGCAACAUAUAAACCACCCACUACAGAGUUUCUUGAUAAAACAGUGUCUCUACUAGAAUUUUCUCCUGAGCCUGAAUCAGAAAGCACAACUACUGAAAGUACUCCUCAUUUUGGUAGACUUGUAACAGACAAGACAGAGGAGACAGAGACUUCUGUAACUGAUUUGGUUGUUGAGGAAGAAGCUACUGUUUCUGGAGAUUCUCCAUCAAUACAUGUCUUCCCUACUGCUUUUUUGAGUUUUGGAGAAAUAGUGAGCACAGAUGUUCCCAAAGUUAGCACAAUAAAAGUUGAAACUUCUUCAGAGAGAGCGAAAGAGCCUAGUCAAGAAGAUGACACCAGUAAUGAGAGAGAAAUUCCACGGCUUUUUUCCACACCUGUUUUGGGUUCACCUGAUAGCAUAGGAGAUAGAGGAUUUAAACCUGAACAGGAAGCAGUUACAAUGCUAACUUCAUCUUCCCAACCGCUGCAUAGGAGUAUGGAAACACAAUCAGCUUUCUUUGUGCAAGAGGAGACCACAACAAUUUCUUCUAACAUUGCAACAAACAAUACAGCCUCUGGAAACAAUCCUUAUCAGAGUAAACAGACAACAAUAAGCUCUGAGGAGCUAAACACAGUUGAACUUGUAACUUCUUCCUUUUCCCUUCCUGAAGUCACUAAUGGAUCAGAUUUCCAGAUUGGCACCAGUGUGGGUUCAGUUGAAGGCACAGCAGUGCAAAUACCAGGUCAAGAUCCAUGCAAAAGUAAUCCCUGCCUUAACGGUGGUACCUGCUAUCCACGUGGUUCAUUUUACAUCUGUACAUGUUUGCCGGGUUUCAAUGGCGAGCAGUGUGAAUUAGAUAUUGAUGAAUGCCAGUCUAACCCAUGUCGGAAUGGAGCCACGUGUAUAGAUGGCCUCAAUACAUUUACUUGUGUCUGUUUGCCAAGCUAUAUAGGUGCUCUCUGUGAACGAGACACGGAGACCUGCGAUUAUGGCUGGCACAAGUUCCAAGGACAGUGCUACAAAUACUUUGCCCAUCGUCGUACGUGGGAUACAGCUGAACGAGAAUGCCGUCUCCAGGGAGCACACCUCACAAGCAUCUUGUCCCAUGAAGAGCAGAUCUUUGUGAACCGUAUUGGGCAUGACUACCAGUGGAUCGGCCUCAAUGACAAGAUGUUUGAACGUGACUUCCGCUGGACUGAUGGUAGCCCACUGCAAUACGAGAACUGGCGACCAAACCAGCCAGAUAGCUUCUUUUCUGCUGGAGAAGACUGUGUUGUUAUAAUAUGGCACGAGAAUGGGCAGUGGAAUGAUGUACCAUGCAAUUAUCACCUUACCUAUACCUGCAAGAAAGGAACAGUUGCCUGCGGUCAGCCUCCUGUUGUGGAAAAUGCAAAGACCUUUGGGAAGAUGAAACCUCGUUAUGAGAUCAACUCCCUUAUUAGAUAUCACUGCAAAGACGGUUUCAUCCAGCGUCAUAUUCCAACCAUACGGUGUCAAGGGAAUGGAAGAUGGGAUAUGCCUAAAAUUACUUGCAUGAAUCCGUCCACAUACCAAAGGACUUAUUCUAAGAAAUAUUACUAUAAACAUUCUUCAUCAGGAAAAGGAACAUCAUUAAAUUCAUCAAAACACUAUCAUCGCUGGAUCAGGACGUGGCAGGACUCAAGGCGCUGAAUGCUAAAUGGUGAAUAGGGAUUUCCACCAUUUCAGCCAAAGUCCUAACUUUCUGUGCCUUUUCUAUCACUUAUAGGAGUAUUAUCAAAUUGUUUUGAAACUAUGGACUCCGGUAUUCACAAUGCAUUUUGCAAAAAUAUGGUGUUUAUCAGAAAAUUCAAAUAAAAAAUUAAAAAAUAUAUAGUGGAGGGGUACUUGUGGGGAGGAGAGGAAACCAUUUCCAGCCUAUAAGGAUUAUUAGUUUUCUAUAUGCCAUCAGUGUGGACCAUUUUGUGAUGUAUACCAGCCAACUGCAAUAUUUAAACAGCUCAAUUUUAGCACCAAUGAAAAUGUAAAUAAGAUGAUUUUAAUGUUGUUCAAUUGUGUGUUAUUUUUAAAAUCCUGUAUAUAAAAUGAAAAGUCACACUAAGUUCAGGCAUAUUUAUGCUUAGAACGGCCUCAGAGGUCUUCAGUCAUUUAUGACAUUGUUUUUAUGUCAUUCACUUAGGCUGGAAAUGGUUGAAAUAACUGCAUUGACUGAGAUUUGCUAUUACCAGAUGAAGAUAAACACAAAAGUUACACGACUUUUUUUUUUUUUUUUUUUUUUUUUUUUUUUUUUUUUAAUGGGAGCUGUGCCAUUUCCCAUCCAAGGUACAGUUUGUGUCAAUGUGAUGCAAAGUUUAGACAUAGCACAUAAAGUGGGAUGAAGCAUGAACUAGGGACUGCAAUAUGGAACUUUUUUAUGCUCUCCAUUCCAGCUUCAUCAUUCAUGAGAAAGGACUGCAUGGAGGACUUGUAUAUGACAAGGAGGGCCUGUAAAAGUCCAAGUGCUAAUACAUUAACUUUAUCAACCAGGGCCACUUUUUUGGAAAAAAAAAGAAAAGAAAAAACCACGACUUUCACAACAUUAACUGCAAGGUCUAUAUUACAGGUCUCUGCAUUCUAAAAUGGAGAUAGACCUAGUGUUUGAGGAUUUUUUUUGUAAAAAACAAACAAAAAUCAAAAAAGUAAAUAAUUUUGUAUAUAUAACCAUUUUUUAAUCUUUUUAUAAAGUAAUGAAUGUUUGUGUAUGAAUGCUGCAGCUGUGAAGCGUACAUAAAUAAAUGAAGUAAGCCAUACUGAUUUAAUUUAUUGGAUGUUAUUUUACCCAAGCAAAGAAGAUUAAAAGAGCUCGCCAGUGCCAUAUUAGCCCCUGAGCUCCACUUUUGGAACCAUCUUUCAGUUCAACUGCUAUUUCCCUGGAGAACUAAAUUCCUACUAAACAGGAUCAUUUGUUUGCGAUUAGAUGGGUGAGAACUGUGUGACUUACAGAAGAAUCAGGAUCUUGGCUUUCUAGAAAGAAGUGUGUGCACAAAGAGAUAAUAGAUUGUAGUUGGUGCAGUGUGUAUGUAGGAGUUUUCUAUUAUGAUUUUUUACCCUGGUCAGCUUGAUGACUGAUCUGGAUGUGUACAGUAAGUGUAUAAGGUAACGUUAAAAAUAAUCUCUCCACAGAAAGGACUGCGUAUGGUUAUUUCUGCAAAGUGCCUUCCACACCUUUGGGCACAGGAAAAAAAUGUAAAAAAAGAACAGUAAGUUCCCUAUGAUACAGCUUUUAAAAUAACGUUACAAAUACAAACAUAGAUGGGAAGUUUAUGCCUUUGUGUUAAUGUGGGGAAAUGAUGCAAAAAGUUGAAAAGGAAAAGAAAAGCACUGAAAACCCAGCCAAUACGUAAGAGUUUGUACUAGGUAGAGUUGCUCAUGAAGUGAUCUUGCCAUAGCUCACCAGGUACAGAAAUUACAGUUCCUGACAACAUCUCUUAAGACAUUCCAGUGACUGCUCCAGCAAGGGUACCCUGAUUUUUGUGCAUUCUCCGUGGCAAAACGUCACUGGGUUGGCCGGUUCAUUCCCCACCCCCCAAACAAUGCACAUAAUGCUUUUCUCUAUUUAUAUUAUAUCUUGUAUAGUGUAUAAUGUGAAUGUCUGUUUUUUUGUGAAUGAAAGUCUAAAAUCUUUGUAACUUUUAUAUCUGCUUCUGUUUCACCAAAGAAACAAGGUUUUGCUAUACUGUGA